AUGUCUAGUUCCAUUAUUUCCCAACUAAAUAAAGAGGACAUCAUUGAAGACAGCGUCAAGGACUUAGUAUUCGACGUUCUUGGUGAACUGUCCGUUUCAUACGGUGCUGCUGACGACGUCAAAUUGGGUAACGCCAUGGCGAUGGAAGCUACGCAGAGCGCUCCCACAAUCAAGUUCACACCCUUCGACAAAAGCCAAUUGUCAGUUGACGAUAAACUGGCUUUGUUGAUGACCGACCCGGACGCGCCUUCAAGAACUGACCACAAGUGGUCAGAGGUUUGCCACUACAUUGUGACGGAUAUUCCUGUCGAGUACGGACCUGGAGGAGACAUUGCUAUUUCUGGGAAGGGUACCGUGAGAAAUAACUAUAUUGGACCCGGCCCACCCAAGAAUUCCGGUUACCAUAGGUACGUGUUCUUCUUGUGCAAGCAACCCAAGGAAGCGGACUCCUCUAGCUUUACCAAGGUUGAGAACAUCAUCUCUUGGGGGUACGGAACCCCUGGUGCAGGCGCCUAUGACUAUAUCAAGGAGAAUAAUCUGCAAUUAAUCGGUGCUAAUUACUACAUGGUUGAAAAUACGACCGUUGACUUUAACUAUGACAUGUGA